CCCGGCACGGACAACAUGGCGGCGGUGGCGGGGGCCGCGGCCGCGGGCAGCUCUGGUGGCGCCGGAGGCCCGGAGAUGGUGCGAGGCCAGGUGUUCGACGUGGGGCCGCGCUACACCAACCUGUCCUACAUCGGCGAGGGCGCAUACGGCAUGGUGUGUUCUGCCUACGACAACGUCAACAAAGUUCGAGUUGCUAUAAAGAAAAUCAGUCCUUUUGAGCAUCAGACGUACUGCCAGAGAACUCUGAGAGAGAUAAAGAUCUUACUGCGCUUCAGGCAUGAGAAUAUUAUCGGAAUAAAUGAUAUUAUCAGAGCUCCAACUAUUGAGCAAAUGAAAGACGUAUACAUUGUGCAAGACCUUAUGGAAACAGAUCUUUACAAGCUCUUAAAGACUCAACACCUCAGCAACGACCACAUUUGUUAUUUCCUUUACCAGAUUCUGAGAGGGUUAAAAUAUAUCCAUUCAGCCAAUGUGCUUCAUCGUGACCUCAAACCUUCGAAUUUGCUGCUUAAUACCACUUGUGAUCUCAAGAUUUGUGACUUCGGACUGGCUCGUGUUGCAGAUCCUGACCACGAUCACACAGGAUUCCUGACAGAAUAUGUGGCCACGCGUUGGUACAGGGCUCCUGAAAUCAUGCUGAAUUCUAAGGGUUACACCAAGUCUAUUGACAUCUGGUCAGUAGGCUGUAUUCUGGCAGAGAUGCUCUCCAACAGACCCAUCUUUCCAGGAAAACACUACCUUGACCAACUUAACCAUAUCCUUGGUAUACUUGGAUCCCCUUCCCAAGAAGAUUUGAAUUGUAUAAUAAAUUUAAAAGCCAGAAACUAUUUGCUUUCCCUACCACACAAAAAUAAGGUGCCGUGGAACAGGCUGUUUCCGAAUGCUGACCCCAAAGCACUUGAUUUGUUGGAUAAAAUGUUGACCUUUAAUCCUCAUAAGCGAAUUGAAGUGGAACAAGCUUUAGCCCAUCCGUAUCUGGAACAGUAUUACGAUCCAAGUGAUGAGCCUGUAGCUGAAGCACCGUUCAAGUUUGAUAUGGAAUUGGAUGACUUGCCGAAGGAAAAGCUGAAAGAACUGAUUUUUGAGGAAACUGCUAGAUUCCAGCCAGGAUAUCGAUCUUAAAUUGUGCAUAGGACAAGGACUUAAAGGACUGGGCAUGCUCAAACGUUGCUGUUCCUCUUCCCAGUUCUUUACUGUUGGUCAUGUCUUGUGGCCUCUCUCAGCUUAUCCACUAACUCCUUUGAGCCAUUCAGGAGGGCAGUUCCUGGUAGUUUUGGCUUUUCAUGCUUUCAAUGAAUCUUUUAAGCCUGAAGAAUUGUAAUUGACACUCCUACGCGUAAUGCCCGUUGUUGACCUGUUGCAGUACUGUACUGUAAGUGCACCUACUGCUGGCCGUGUUUUAACUGCUUGCUUUCUGGUUUGAGAGAUGCAGUGGUUCCUUUCACUCCUGGAUUAAUAUCCAAGAAGAUAAUUCAUUACUGAUGCGAAGUUUACACCAUGAACUGUGUUCUUCUGACUGAAGUCGCUGGCAUUUUUUUUAGAAAAGCUACUAUUCAGGGCACUUUAAGUCAGUGACAUCCCAGAUUUUUUUUGCACUUCCUUUUUAAAUAGAAAUGGUUAGCAUCCAGUGAGUGGGGUUUUACCAGGAUGCUCUGGAUUACAGCAUAAGUCGUGUUCGUGUUAAUCUUGCUUAUGCACUUGUUUGGGUGUCCUGUGCUGUACAUGCAGGUAUUCUAUACGGUGCAGUAGCCACAUAGGAACCCAUCUUAAUUGAGUUCAUCUAAGAAACAUUUUACCAUGCAUUGACAAAAUUUGUACCUUUUUUUCCCCGCCUUUUUCAAAACAGAUCAUUUUAAGUUUAACCGUGCUGGGAGGGGUAGUACUUCCAAAGUUCAUACCUUGUGGUCGUGUUUAUAAGGCUUGUGCAAAGAGAAUGAGCGGCAGCUUGCCGUCCUAUUUAUUCCCUGCGUGAUGGGAGAUUAACAAAGAACAAAAUGGCACGAUGACCUAAUGGGGAAUGCUUUUCUUUGUGGAAGGCAUCCGAAUGUGGUAAGUGAGAAACCAAAAUAUGAUGUUAGUAAUGAUGAUGAUGAAGUCUGCAUACUUCAUACCAAUGAAAUGCUUCAAAUGAGGAUUGGUAGUUUUACAUUGAAUCCAAUCACUGACAUUCAGGAUUCUCGCAGAGAGGAACACUGCAUCUUUAAAUGAGAAAGUUUGAAUUUCCUUUUGCUCCUACAGCAUGUCAGCAUAUCAAGUUCAUUUCUUGCAACCUACACUAUGGUGAUUUGUAAUCAAGCCUCCAUGAGCUCGUGACAUAAAGUACUGUUCUGUUGUCAAGUACUAUCAAACUUUUCUGAUAAUGCUGAGUUAGGACAACCAAACAAAGCUAGCACUAAAUAAUGUUUAAAAUUGUAUACCUUUUAAUGAUCUUUUCAAGUAUUUGUUACUGAAAUUGUAUAAUGUGAGUUUACUAGGUGUUAUGUUCCAGUGCAGUGCCUCCUUUUCUUUCCCCACUGCUCUCUGUGGUGAGAAAUUUGCCUUGUUUAAAAUGAUUACUGUGCCCUCGCAUGACUGUUAAAGCUUUCUGUGCAAAGAUGAUUGUUUAAGUGCCACAUGCCUAUGACUGAGAGAAAAAUCUAUUGUUACCUCUGAGUUGUGUUCAACUGAAAUGCUAUUCAACAAAUAACUUAGGAAAAAUAGUUCUAUUUUUAGCUUUUCAUAUCUCUGCUGUCUUCUCAAUUUAUUUUGGCAGCAGUGAAGAAUGGAUUGUAUAGACUGCUUGCUAAUAUGAACAAAAUGCACUUGUAAUUCCUGGAAAUAAAUUUAAAUCUUAUAUCUUCACAUUAACAUAAAGAAUUAGUUUUUGGUUUCCUCUUGGGUAAUGUGUUUGAAUGGAAAUCAGAUUCACUUGCUGCUGCAGUAUUACAAGGAUGCUUGCUGGUUAAUGAAUCCAGGCUUCCUCAUUCCACGUAGUCUGCUUUUCAAAAAAAAAAAAGCCAUUAACUUAGAUUUCCGUCGGCGAGGGUGCUCACAAGGUUCCAUUUCAGAUUUUUUCUUCAAGUUUGAGUCUUAGUCUACCCAAACUAACUCUGAAAAGCGGUGGUUCAUUGUAAGGGGCAUUUUCAGUUGGGAAGUCCCUGUGGUACGGACAUCUCUGCUGCGCGGAACAGAAGGAGCGGCCGGGACACCGCGAGUGGCCGUGGGAUGGCGGCACGGAGCUGUGCUGAAAGAAGGUUCUUUAGAAAUUACGUGCUUGACUGUUGAUCCUUGUGUAGAAAUUUUUUCUGAUGUUUCUACACAUCUUCACCAAAAUGCUUUCUUCAUGCAGUUCAGAGAAGCUGAAAUAUUUCUAGAAUCUCUGCUCCUUGUACCAUCGUCAUCAUUACAGGAAUCACGGUUGAAAAGAUGACUGUUACUGAAAAAAUUUGUAAAACUAGUUUGUAACACCUCAACCCGAAUUUGCUAAGGAAGAAUUUUGGCAGCUUAUUUCAUCCUUUUCCUAAUUCUUUUUUUAAUACUUUAAUUUUGGGUUUCUGGAGAGGUGUAAACUUACCCUUGCAAUCUGUCUUUCAGAAUGAUGAGCCAAGGGUUUGCUUUACCUAACGUGUGGUGCUUUCAGGCCUUCCUCCUUAGCUGUCCUUACUGACCCAAAUUGGAGUCCAUCGGUACCCAUAACUGCAUCCAUCCAUCCAUCUCCUGCUGAACGCAGUAGGCGUUGUUAAGCUGAAUGCUAUAUUGUCAAGUGCAGAAGCAUGACUUUUUCUUUUGUCAGAUAUUGAAAAUGUUUAAAAGAAGGUGCCUAUAACACUGCUAGGUUGGCUAUUGCUCCGUUUUGCUUUUUUUUUUUUUUUCCCCUCUUUUACUUAGUUUUUCAAUAUGUAGAGCAGAGACCUGAAGCCUGUAUUUGAAGUAAUAUAUAUUUCAUGGUAAAGAUGUUUUGGGAAUAAGGAAUAUAAACAGUUGACUGUCUAAACAUUGCAGCUGUACUGCGGAAGAAGAGUGGGCAAACUUAAACUUUUCCUGGAUGCUUUGGCAAAGAAAGCAUCUUAUUCUGCUGUCCUGACUUCCCAGAAUCUUCCUCCUCACUGUCACACGCCCCAGGUCCGAGGCUUCGGCAGUCGCAGGUGGCGGCGUGACUCGGCGGUGGCCACAGCAGCCCAAGGAGCUGAGCACGGCUUGCCUUACAGAAUGGGGAAAAAAACCUGUUGCCCGUUGAAAUCCGCUGUGAUAUAUUUAUACCAUGUCAAAGUUGUUUGCUGAGCAACUGUACUAUAGAUUUAAACUGUAUUAAUAUAUAUUUGCUUACGUCAGUGUAGUUUAUAUAGUCCUUGGUUAUUGAUGAAUUUGUGUUGUUACAGCACAGUGAUGUGGUAUAAAUAUAGGCCUAUGCACACAAGAUGCUCAUGGAUUUGGUCCCUUGCAUAGUACUUUUAUAUCUGUACAGCGACGUCUUCAAGCAAUCCCAGAUUUUAGGGGAAGUAUUUUUGUAAAUGCAGUGAACAAAAAUCCAAACAGUCCUUUUACUAAGUUUUAAAUGCGUUUGCGGUUCGAAAUGGUUUGGUUAAUGACUGAAAUCAAGACACUAAAUCAGUGAAGAGUGCACAUUAGUGAAGUGAAGCGUACCACGGUUUUCUGUAGCAUGUGCUGUGAUGGAGCUGGGGGAGCGCUGGACGAAAGGCAGACUGCCUGUGUAGAUGUAGAACAAACGCCUGCAGGCUGCAGCUGGAUUACUUACUAUUGUUGCCUUUUCUCGUGUUGUAUCAGUGUAGAGCACUCUUAAAUACUCAAACUGCUUUGUCUUUGCUUUGUACUGUCGGUGCCUUCUUAGUCACGUACCCCACAUGUCCUGCAUAGCUAAUUUAGUUAAUGGUAAGUUUAAAAUAAAAUAAAGGAAGAUUUUAUAUUAAAAAAAACCUUUAAAACUUCAUUUUCUGUAUGUUCUUAUUCAUUGUAACAAUUAAACAUUUCUAUUGUGGCAGAUUUGUGAUUUGGUUAAUCUGUAUAGAUCAGUUGUAAGUAGCAAAGGUUUAUAUUUGUCUUAUUCUUUUAAUGUUGUAAACGUAUGUGAUUUUCUUCUUUAAAUCAGGUAACUUAAUGUUCUGUUUCAUUUUUGGCAUCUGAAUCUUGUAAAAACAAAUGCAAAGAAAAUCAUUAAAUUGUGUCCCUGUAUUACCAAAUCAGCAUAGUACUGUGCGUGUGUAGAACGACUGAAAUGUUGCUUUGCAAUGACCUGCUGUUGUAAAAGCACGGCGCCUAAAAGCGAGUCGCCCGAAUGGAGCAGCAGAGCGAGCCUGCCUCCGUGUUCCCGAAUGCACAGGUGUGUCUGUUUCAGAGUACGAGUGCACCAGUCUGAAAUUGGAGUCAUCCAAAACAUUGCAGGUAAAGUUUGUAGAGGGCAGAAGAGUUGUGUCGUUGUGGCAAGAAGGCUGUGAGAUGAGCGCUGUGAGCUGCUGGGCGCAGGGGUGGCCCGUGUUUGGCUCGUGGAUGUUGGCACAGCUGCUGCCCACUGCCCAGGAAGUUUUGCGAAGCGCUCGAGCAGCCCUCAGAGAGCAAAUGCUUUCAGUUCGAUGCGAAAACGUUCUCAGGCCAAAGUUUGGAGCGUUCUGAGGAUUGUGGGAACAACGCGCUCGAACAUCCUGUAAUGGCAUUUUCACAAAUAUUUUUAGUCUGAAAUGCAGCUGUGCCAAAGAACUGAGAAAAGGUGUAACUGGAUCCUGGCAGCUGGAGACUGCAGUGUGUGACAACGCGGAGAGCCUGACCUGAAACUGAGAGGUGCUUGCCAGUUCCUGACAGCUCUGUAACAGCUCUACGCCUGGCUCGUUAAGGUUCCUCUCUCCGUCCCCUCCCUGGUCUUCACAGCAGUAUGCACUUUUUUUCCAGAAAAUUAAGAGUUUGAUUUUGCCACACAUGCAGUUAUGCACGUUGCUUUUUCAUGACUGUGGCUGCCCUUGUCUGUCUCUGUUCCCUCUAGCAGUGUGCUGCAUUGCAAUGUGUGAGUUUCAGUUACUUCAAAGUUUGAACUGCAUCGUCCCAGCAGAGGUUUAGACAAGCUGCUGCUGGACUCAGUGUUUUUGUCACACUUGUUUAAAUAGGAUUAGUUGGAAAACACUUUGCUUUUAUUUGCUUUGUUCACCAGAAUAGGAUGCCGAUCCUUCCUGUCUGAGCUUUGAAGGGCAGUGGGUAGUGAGACCUCGGAGCCAAAGACUGCAUAGAUGAGCUGUGGGGUCUGUGUGCAGGCUCAGUGCUUGUGUGGUGUGCUCUGGUGAGCAGCGUGCCGUGGAGGCUGAAUAGCCAGCGCUGGAGGAGCUCCUGCGCUCACAAAGUCUUGAGGAACUGCUUCUGGUUAUAACCAUGUUGGUUUGAGCAGUGUAGAUUUGAUGCCGUUGGGCUUUGUAGAGCUACAACCCCAGUAUCUUCUCACUUCUGUGUGUUUCAUUGUACUUUCUACUAAGUAACAUUUGCGUAAUGCUUGACAAGCUGAAAAAAAAUGAACAUUUGGUAAUUGUAGAAGACUUAAAAUCUUCGUUGCAUGAAUACGUGCCACGUCAGCGAUUCGGAGGAGCUUUGGUUCCUCUGCAGGGCAGCAUCCAGGCGCUGCCAGGUGCCAGGGCUGAGCUUCCAUCACACCGCGUUCACUGAGGGCUGAUCUUGGAAUUAAGAGGUGAAAAUUGCUCCGGGGAAGCCUUUACUGUUCCACUUUGUAAGGUGCUCACACCUUAGGUAUUUCCUUCAGCUAUCUUGCAGAACUCUGCCUGUUUUUUCAGUACAUCUUGCUACCGUGACAAUUUUUUUCUUUGUCUUCUUUUUCAAAGUGAAGCUGAAGUCUCAGCUGUUCCAAAAACCUUUCUUUGGGAUUCAUGUGGUUCUGGUGAUACACAACAGAUUACUGGUCCUAUUACAUAAACUGGUGUGAAUCCUCAGAACAGGUAAGCAAAAGCACCUGGCAGGUCACCUGAGGCUCUUGCUGCUGGAAGCACAGCAUGCGACCUGGCGAUGGGGUGUUCAUUUCUGAGGGGCAAUAUAAAACAGGUGAAAUGAUGGGAAAUGAGCGAUACGCUUGGGUCACAUGUGGUGUGAGGAGUCCUUUGUUGCUGUUAGAAACUUGAGCCUGACGUUCAGCAGACCCUGCUUUGAACUUUUCUGACUCUUAAUCCUUGAAUACCCUGUAAAUACUGGAAACCUCUUGUCAUUUCUCUAAAGCGUCCUCACAUCUUCCUUGCAGCAUCACCCCUUCUUCAGUUCUUUCCCUUUUCCACCCAGUUAAUUAUUCUGGCAGAGCGAUGCGUGAUCCUUUGGGAGUUCAUUUCCCUUGGUGCAGGAGUGGCUGGUUCGCAUGUGAGGGACAUGAAAGGAGUCCGUAGGCAUUUUUCUGAUUCCCCACAAAAAAGGAAGAAAUGUCUUGAGAAUGCUGGAGAGCCGGCAUGCUGCCUCACCUAAAAACACUGAGCUGAAUCCUUUUGUGUAUCCUGUGGGUCUUUCUGUGGGUUUGUGUGGUGCUCCCAGUUGUGCCACUGGUCGAUUGAAAUGCUUCUCUGUCUCCCGCCGUUGCUUCUUGCACAGAGCUGACCUUUGAUCCCGUUGAGUUUCUGUCUUCCAGUGAUGCUUUUCUUCCUCAGGGUUUAUACAUUCCUUGUUGGUAUUUUUCUCCCCAAUCCUUUGACUGCUGUGACUGACUCGGUGUCACUUUCUUAUUCUUUCUUCCCCUUAUUUUGUAUGGCUGUAGCUUCCCUGUGGUCUCACAACUCUCCCUUCGUUUGCUUUUUAGAAAUGUCUGGGUUUUUUUAGUUACUCUGUAAGGCCGUGGACGCAGCCAUGCUUCACAGAGCCGGGCCCUGCUGACGGGCAGCUGACUCAAGGGCUGCUGGUUACGCUCCAGCCGCUGGCUUUGGGGAGCCCAGUUGCACAGGCACAGCAGCUCCUGUGUGCAGCUCCAGCGCCUGGGCUUUGCACCAGCUGCGGUUUUGUGCAGCGCAGCAUCUGUUAAUUCCACCUUACUGUUUUAAUGCCUUGAAUACAAAAGCCAGAAAUAACAAUGGAAAACUUCAUUCUCCCUGUAUUGAUGCAUUCUUCUGCACUACUGAAACUAUAUCAAAAUUCAGGCUUUUCAAGCAAAAAAAAAAGCGUAACCCAAAGCUGUGAGUGUGCCGCGAGUUUAAAAAAUAACAGAAUGAUAACAAUCUGCUAUGAUCUAUGACUUAUGAUGCACCUUCUACUUCGAUCAUAACGUCCAAGACACAUAGCUUGUUCUGAAGAUGCUUUUCUGCCUUAAAUCUGCAAAUGCAAAAAUGCUGAACAUUCAGAAUCUUGGCUUGAAACUCUGAACCGAUGAUAUCAGCAGCGAGCUGAAAACUCAAGGAAGGUUUGAAGUCAGGCCUUCUCCUAGCUCAGCUUUAAUCUCAAUAGCAGGGGAGAAAACUUUGGCUAUCAAACCUUCCUGUUCCUAGAAAUGUUUAAAAUUUACAAAUAUUCUAUCUCGUAGUUGAGGCGUCUUAGAUUCAGGUUCAUAGACUAAAGAAUUUUUAAUGUUCUGUGUUUUUAAAAAGUUUUGUUAGUUUUGGUACAUGCUUACUUUUGCAGGCUCUUUGAGUAGGCAUGCACAAAUGGAGGGAACAAACUUCUGCAGGCCAGUUGACACAUCCAGAAAUGCUUAAAGGAACGUUGCUGGUGUCACUGUAGCUACGUGUUCUGUUUGCUCUCGUGUGCAGCGUACAUCAGCACUCCAGAAGAAGGUGGGGAUUAAAGAAAAAUAAAAUUGUGGUCAUUUCUUAAACAUUCUUUUGUAGCUCAACUUAAUUCAUGGGCUUGUUUUUGAGGGUAGUUUGGUAUGUGGGGAGAACUGUGUUAAGUCGUUUUUACAGCUGACUUGACGUUUCUCUGAGUAUAAUUUGCUGUUAUUCCAGCAUGGCAAAGAUCUGCAUAAUUCAUGCGCGCUCAACGUAAUCACUGGUUUUCUUCUAACAAUAAGUGGCAUUGUACCAAAAGCAAUAUAUCCUGUGUGUAGUUAGUAGUGGAAGUAAGUAUUACUGUGCAGCUUUUAUUUUCAUUGUCUUUCCAAUGGUUGCUGCUAGCAUGGAUUUUGUGCACUGACAGUUGUUCCAGGCUGUUAAAGAUGUAUUCUGGGGAAAAAGUCCUGCAUAACACUUGUUUGCUUUCUGGAAGCUGCUGCAGUACUUUGAAGCAGAAAAGAGUUGCAUCUGAUGCUGCAAUAAGCUUGUUUUCCUCUGAGUCUUAUCAGCAGAACACAUCUAGAUCCAGGGAGUUUCUCCGGAAUUGCUCCUCCAUGUUUUUCCUCUUGAGAAAGGCCCGGGCUCAACACCAGCACCGUUGGAGCCAAGGAUUAUAAGAGAGCAGAAGGGCUUUUUCCUCUGCUUGAUUUUGGGAUUCUGCUAAGCUACACACAGCCUUAUAAGAUCACGGCGCUGUAAAAAGACUUGGGGAAUGCUGCAACUGGUUUUGUUCACCGACUACUAACUCAAGACCAGAUAAGAACGCACAGGCAAUAUGCAAUGCAUGGGAACUCUCUAGUCUUAAUUCUGUCCUUCCUGCCCCCUGAUAGCAUUUCUGCACUACUGGCUCUGCAAGUAAAUCUGCCCUGGAUAACUUUCCUUUAAAGAGGGAAGCUUUGUUUUUCCUCAGAAGGACAAGGUAUCAAUAUAGUUAUCUCCCCACCACUUGCAUUUGACUGCUAGUGUGUAGUGUUCAUCAUACCGAGAUGUCACUGUUAGAAAAAAUUUAAUGCUGUAGAACUAACGGGUGAAGAACUCGCUCUUCUCAACUUGUACAUUUCUCCUUGCUUUCGAAGUGUGUAGAACGGUGCCUACUUUUAAUUAUAACUGAAUAGCUUUUCUGCAUUCUCUGUGCACAUUUUUCUCUGCUGCCUCCUAUUCUAGAUGUUACUUACUUUACUUCUAAUGGUGUUAUAAAAAGUGUAGUACUACAGGUGUUGUAUGGUAACUUGUAAAUAAAAUUACUAUAAACACAUGGUCAA